AUGAGGGUCGUAUUUAAAUACGAAAAUAAAGCGGUUCCCACGGCGUCGUUCGCGGGAACGGAAGCCUCUUCGAUGUCGCGGCGUCUCCGCGCGACUCUUCGUAUCGCGCGAUCAUCGCCUGCGCGCCGCCUCCCGCGCCUGAUCCGACGCAGCCUCCCGGCCCAGCCGGCCAGCCUUGAGCGAACCCUCAAUGCGACGUUGCCUUACAACGUGACUAGCAGU